GAAAGGGGAAAGAAAGGGCUCGAUUGGCUCAAAUUUAGAAUCGUUACGUGUGUGUGUUGGUUGUUUUGUGUUUUCGUCCUUUAUAAUAAAAAUAACACAAUUAAGAAUUAAGUUAAUCGUUGUUGAAAUGUGUAUAGCCUAGCAUAAACUUGUUCCAAUAAGGAUAAUUAUUGUUAAAAGAGCAAAAUAGUGUGUCCUUAAACUGAAAUAAUGAUACCAAGAACCCAUGAAGAAAUUGAAGCGCAAAUUCGAGAGAUUCAAUCGAGGAAGAAGAAAUUUGGAAGUGAGGUUGAAGAACGAGUUGGCUUUGGGGAUUCUGGAUCGUUUGACAAAGAAAUAUACGGAAGCAAAAAUAAAUUUGAGGGGUAUUCUAAAUCCAUUGCUGUGGAUGAUGAUGUUGAAGAUGAACCUUCUCUGGUGAGUAAGAAGAACACUUAUACUGCUCCAGCAGCUCUUUACAAAGAAAUUGCAGAAGCAGGAGCAGACAGUGAUCCUUUUGCGGAUAAACGUCGUAAAACAAUUGCUGAAAAGGAAGACGAUUACAGGAAACGACAUCGUAAACUUGUGAUUUCCCCCGAGCGAGUGGACCCGUUUGCAGAUGGAGGUAAGACUCCUGCUACUGGCUCCCGGACAUACAAGGAAGUCAUGAGAGAACAAUGGUUGAAGAGGGAAGAGAGCGAGCUUCGGAACAGGCUUAUCUCAAAGGCGAAGGAAGGAUCUCUCACGUUAAUGAUGGAGUCAGAUGAAAAAAUUACGUCUAGGAAAGUAAAAAAAACUAGGAAAAAAUCCACUCACAGCUCAAUGAAUAAGAAACAGAAGCGAUCAAGAAGCUCAUCAAGUUCAUCGGAGUACACGGAUAGCGAUGAGAGCCCUAAACGGAAAGCUCAGAAAUCAACUAAGAGUCCUGAAAGAAACUACCAGAGAAAACAUAACAGACCACAGAAGAACCGAGGGGAUUCAAGCAGUGAAGAAGACAGUAGAUACAAAUCCAGAGAGAGUAAGACUGACAGAUUGAGAGACACUGGUGCAUUUAGUGGUGUCAGAGUGAAAGAAGAACCUAUCAGUGAAGAUGAGAGGGGUAGGAAAGCAAAGCACAGAGCGGCAGAUGACACACGAAGAAAUGAGUCAAGAAAUCAAAGAGAAGACAACAGGAGAAGAAAUGAAUCUUCAGAUUCAAGAGAUCGAAGUAGUAAGUACGUUAAAGAACAAGAAAGUGAGAAAGAACCAGAAUGGGGUAAAAAAGAGUUAAAAACAGAGAAAAAAGAAGGGGCCAAAAACGCUGCCAAGCCUGAUUUUGGAUUGUCAGGCAAACUUACAGAGGACACUAACACUUACAAUGGAGUCGUGAUCAAAUACAGCGAACCUCCUGAGGCGAGGAAACCAAAGAGACGAUGGCGUCUGUAUCCGUUCAAGGGAGAAACGUCUUUGCCCGUGCUUCACAUUCACCGUCAGAGUGCGUAUCUCAUGGGUAGGGAUCGCAAAGUGGCGGACAUUCCCAUAGACCACCCUUCGUGCUCCAAGCAACACGCCGCCCUGCAGUAUCGCCUCGUCCCGUUCACCAGAGCCGACGGGUCCAAGGGGAGACAAAUUAAACUGUACGUCAUCGACUUGGAGUCUGCUAAUGGAACUUACCUCAACAACAAUAAAAUCGAGCCGAAAAAAUAUUAUGAACUGAAGGAACGAGAUGUGGUCAAAUUCGGUUAUAGUUCGAGAGAGUAUGUUCUUCUUCAUGAGCACAGUAAAGAUUCGGAGGCUGACGAUGAUGUAAAUAACGAUGAUUAGUAUUUUGAAAAUUAAAUGUUGAUUUUUCUAACUGUAUAUAAUAUUGUGGGCCAUUGUAAUUAUACAAUGAUUAUUUGUACAAACAAGUUUUAUAUACUGUACCUUUUCCUUUUAAAUAACUUCUUGAUCAGAACUUUUCCUUCUAUAGUAUAUUUC